ACACACAUAUAUAUGGGAAGCAUGAAACUGAAACUAGUUCUCUCAUUUCAACCCAAUUCCCUUAUAUAUAAAUUUCUGUUUCUCUCUCUGCAAAUAUUGAAAUUGGUUACCUCUGUUUGAUUUCCUUCAUGUUUCAGUACAUAUAGAUCAUAAGUCACUCAAAAACAACCAUGAGAGGUUUCUCAGUACUCUCAACUGCUACCAGAAGAUUGGAAGGAAAGGUGGCACUGAUCACAGGAGGGGCUGGGGGAAUUGGAUCCUGCACAUCCAAGUUGUUCUGCGAACAGGGUGCCAAAGUGGUGAUCGCCGACGUACAAGACGAAAAGGGCCACUCGAUCUGCAAUGACAUCGGCACAACUCAUGCUUCCUUCGUCCACUGCGAUGUCACGAAUGAGAUCCAUGUCCAAACUGCCAUCGACAAUGCUGUUGCCAAACACGGCAAGCUUGACAUAAUGUUCAACAAUGCAGGAAUCAUGGAUUCUAGAAGAUCCAGCAUUCUUCAAAAUGACAUAGCCGAGUUUGAGAAUGUCGUUCGCGUUAAUCUCAUAGGUGCAUUUCUGGGCACAAAACACGCAGCUCGCGUGAUGCAACCUGCCCAGCGUGGAAGCAUAGUUAACACGGCCAGUGUUAGCUCGGUGCUUGGUGGUUUGACCACCCAUGCUUAUGCUAGUUCCAAACACGGCUUAUUAGGGCUCACUCGAAACACUGCUGUCGAGCUUGGCAAAUUUGGCAUUCGAGUGAACUGUGUAUCGCCUUAUGUGGUCCCAACAGCGAUGCCGAGGAAGCUCUUCAACUUGGAAGAUGAUGAUCCGUUGGACAAUUUGUAUUCUAACCUCUCUGGGGUGGCUCUUAAGCCAGAGGAUGUGGCUCAAGCUGUUCUUUAUUUGGCUAGUGAUGAGUCCAAGUAUGUGAGCGGGCAUAAUUUAAUGGUUGAUGGAGGUUAUACGAUUGUUAAUGAGGGUUUAACAAUCUUUUAAUGGAUUAAUAAUGUUUCGCAAUGGAAGAUAAAAUUAGGUAUGUAAAUUGUAGUAUGGCUAGUGAAUUUUCUCUGCUUUUUGGAAUUAUGUUUGCGUACAUAUGGUUAGAGAAAUAAAUGAAAUUUUGAUUGAAGGCUGUGAAAUAGAUAAUGCUUGUAUCAAAUCCCAUGUGUAGCACUUAAUUUCAAGUAGUGUGAUUUUGAUUGGUUCUACUA